CGCGGGGGCCCGGCGGCCCGGCCGGUCCCGCCCUGCCUCCCGUCGCUCGCCUGUCCCGUCCCCGUCCCGUCCCGCCCCUGCGGCCGCCGUGACCUCUGCCCUCCUCCUCCGGUGGCCCGUUCCGUCGGGCCGGUGCCUCCCUCCCGGCCCGCCGCCCGGCCAACGGCUGCCGCCCCUCGCCCCCUGUCCCUCCCCGUCCGUUUUCGGCCCCGUUUUCUGCCCCCGUCCCGGCCCCGCCGUGGUGGAGGCGUCGGGGAUGGUGGGGGAGCGUCGCGGCGGGGACCUGCUGGUGCCCCUGGGCCCGCGGCUGCAGGCCCGGCCCGAGGAGCUGCUGCGCCAGCGUCCGGGCCCCGACGGGCACCCGGAGUACCUCGUCCGCUGGACGGUCCUGGGCCCCAGGGACGAGGAGCGGGAGCCCGCCAAGGAGCGCCAGGGCCCCGCCGACGGCAGGGCCGAGCACAUCCUCAUGUGGCUGUCGGCCUCCGAGGCCCGGGCCAGCUGCCCGUCGCUGCUGGGCGGGCGGGCCGAGGCCGAGGGGCCGCCGACGGAGCCCGCCGGACGCCCAGGAGGCUUCGCCCGGGACGCGGGCGUCGACGAGGCGUCGCUGCGGGAGAUGGGGGAGGACGUGCGGGAGCUGGUGCGCAGGGCGGCCCGGCAGCUGGGCCGGAGCGAGGCCAGCCCCGCCGCCUCGCUGCUGCACACCGUCCACGUGCUCAGCGCCUACGCCAGCAUCGGGCCCCUGGCCGGCGUCUUCCGCGACACCGGGGCCCUGGACCUGCUCAUGACCAUGCUGGGCGGGCCCGAGCCCCAGAUCCGCCGCAGCGCCGGAAAGAUGCUGCGGGCCCUGGCCGCGCACGACGCCGGGAGCCGGGCCCACGUGCUCCUGUCGCUGAGUCAGCAGGACGGUAUCGAGCAGCACAUGGACUUCGACAGCCGCUCCACCCUCCUCGAGCUGUUCGCCGAGACCAAGUCCUUCGAGGAGCACUGCAUGGCCUUCGAGGGCAUCAGCCUGCCCCAGAUUCCGGGGAAGGUGCUUUUCUCCCUGGUGAAGCGCUAUCUGUGUGCCACGUCCCUCCUGGACCAGCUGAGCAGCGGUGCGGAUCCGGGGAGCGGGGAGCAGGGAGCCCGGGCUCCCUCCAGCGAGGGCCCCGGCGGCGAGCGCGGCCGCCGGCGGCGAGAACUCGAGUUCAGCAUGGCUAUGGGCAGCCUGAUCUCCGAGCUGGUGCGGGGCAUGGGCUGGGACCUGAGGCCGGGCCAGCCGGACGCCCCCCUCUACGGCUUCCAGCCCCACGUGGCCUUCGGCCCGGACCUCAUCCCGCCCACCCCAGCCCCGGUUCCCCACAGAAGACAAGGUCGGACCUUCCGGUCGCCGUCCGACUUCUCGAGCUGCAGCGGCUACGCGGAGUACGUGCAGGAGACCCUGCGGCCCGGCAUGCGGGUGCGGAUGAUGGAGGAUUACGUGGUGGUCGGAGCUGGGGACGAGGGCGAGUUCCAGCAGAGCAACGACAGCGUCCCUCCCGCGCAGGUGCUGUGGCUGGAGACGGGCCGCACCUAUUGCGUGCACUGGCACAUGCUGGAGAUCCUGGGCCCGGGACAGGCAGCUGAGGAAAAGGCCGGGGCUGCCGUAGAGAAGGGACUAGGGGGCCGUGGCGGCUGGGCCCUGGACUCAGCACCCCCGCCCUGGCCCUGGAGGCACCGGGAGAACCCGUGCUGCGUGCCCUACCUGCAGCCCAGGGCCCCGGGCAGCACGGACCCCCGGCUCCUCAGCCGGGGCGAAUGGUGGGAGAUCCUGUUCUUCGUCAAGAAGCUGGCCGGGCCCGAGCAGCAGCGUCUUCUCCAACUCGUCCAGGAGAGCCAGGGCAAGGAGGUCCCGGAGGAGGAGGAGGCCCGAGCGGAGCUCUCGGUGCCCGUGGAGUUGGCGCGGAAACUGGUGCUGGCACUGAGCGAACGAUGCCGGGGUGCUACCCGCCGGGUCCUGCUUAGCUCCUAUGUCUACAGCAAGUACGGGCCCCAGUCCGGCGCGGGGGAGAGGGAGAAGGCCAGCCUAGGAUCCCCCGAUGCCUCCUGGGAGGCUCCCGGCCCCGGAGUCCACUUCUCCAACGAGCCCAAACCAGAGGCCCCGCUGCCGGCAGCGAGGAGCGAAUUCCAGCUCUUCACCCAGCUUCUGGCGGCCGAGGGACUGGUGCUACCCUUGGGCCUGGAGGAAACGGCCAAGGAAGUGUGCAGGGCCCUUUGGGAGCCCUGCCGUCAGAGCACCCUGGAGCAGAAGGUGAUGGAGGCCGUGUCCUUGGUGCAGAGGUCGAGCUCGGACAUCAAGCUGCAGCUGGCGGGGCUGCACGCCCUCUCACGGGCCGUGCAGGACGCUGCCGCCGGGCAGGACCACCCACUACGCCGGCCCGACCGGAAUCUCAGAGAGAAGCUGGUGAAGAUGCUAGUGGAGCUGCUGACCAACCAGGUCGGGGAGAAGCUGUUGGUGGCGCUGGCGCUCCGCCUGCUCUGCUCGCUCAUGGCCAGGCCCGAGUGGCGCCUGCUGUUUGCCACUGAAGGCGGGGUGUACGCCGUGCUGGCCUGCAUGCGGGAGUACAGCGCCUCGCCUCUGGUGCAGCAGGCCGGGCUGGCGGCCCUGAAGAUGCUCACCGGGGCAGUGGGGCCUUGCGAGCCACCCCCGGGGGACAGCGGCUGCCCCUCGCUCCUGCCCCCGUCGGACGCCCAGGUGAUCCGAGAGAUCUUUGCCAGCAUCGGCUCCGCCGCCCAACCCGGCUCCGAGAGUCUCCUGGAGGCCAUCCCCUCCGGCCUCAUCCUCAUGCUGCGCACAAAUGGGUGCUCUUCGGCCGUGUGGAACGGGCUUCUCCUCCUCAACUCGCUCAUGAGCAACCACCAGGCCUUGCGGGAGCAACUGGCCACCCAGGAGCUGCGGGAGGAGCUGCACCGCCACUCCGGUGAGGGGGCGGGCCAGGUGCCCUCCACCUUUUCCCUCAUCCGUACCCUGCUGGGACACUUCCCCGAGCAGCCGCCACCCAAGAGGCAGCAGGACCCAGGGCCGGACCUGAGCGGCGAGCCCCGGGCCGGCUCGCCCGAGCCUCGGCCGCAGGGCCCGGCCCCCCUGGGCCUCGGGGAGGAGGAAGACGACCUGAAGGGCCUCCUGCAGCGACUGCGGCACCGACCCGAGAUGGAGCCGGAGCCGGAGCCCUUCCUGCUGCUCCUGCGCGGCCUGGACUCGUCGGGGCCCGGUUACACCCAGCUGGAGUGCCUCCGGGUUCUGACCUGGCUCCUGGAUGUGUCCAAGGCCGAUGACCUCCCCUGGCAUGAGGUGGUGGAGCCGUGCCUGGCCUGCAUGAACGCCUCCAACACCGACCGUGAGGUGGUCCAGGAGGUGGUUCGCUUCCUGCACCGCCUGGCUUCGUCCAACAAGGACUGUGCCGUGGUGCUGUGCCGCCUGGGGGCCCGCGAGGCCCUGACCAAGGCCCUGGCCCAGCCCAGCGCCCAGCUGCUGCUGGGGCCCGAGCUGCGGGAGCUGUUGGACCACUGCCAGAAGCAGGCCAGUCUCUACGGCAACCUGACCACCAGCAUCCUGGCGGGCUGCAUCCAGCUGGUGCUGGGGCAGAUAGAGGAGCACAGACGGACUCAACAGCCCAUCAACAUCCCCUUCCUGGAUGUCUUCCUCAGGCACCUCUGCCAGGGCUCCAGCGAGGAAGUGCGGGAGGACAGAUGCUGGAAGAAGGUGGAGGUGUCGUCCAACCCGCACCGGGCCAGCAAGCUGACCGACCACAACCCCAAGACCUACUGGGAGUCCAACGGCAGCACCGGCUCCCACCACAUCACCCUCCACGUGCGCCGGGGCGUCCUGAUCAGGCAGUUGACCAUGCUGGUGGCCAGUGAGGACUCAAGCUACAUGCCAGCCCGGGUGGUGGUGCUGGGAGGAGACAGCGCAGCCUCUCUCAGCACUGAGCUUAACACGGUGAACGUGCUGCCCUCAGCCAGUCGGGUGCCCCUGUUAGAAAAUCUCACCCACUUCUGGCCUGUGAUCCAGAUCAGGAUCAAGCGGUGCCAGCAGGGAGGCAUCGACACCCGCGUCCGGGGCCUGGAGCUGCUGGGCCCCAAGCCGACGCUGUGGCCGUUGUUCCGGGAGCAGCUCUGCCGCCGCUCACGGCUCUUCUACGCGGUGCGGGCUCAGGCCUGGAGCCGCGACGUCACCCAGGACCGCACCCGCCUGCUGCGGCUCUUCCCCAGGCUCAACAGGGCUCUGGGCCACGAGCAGGCCUUUGCCGACCGCUUCCUCCCCGACGAAGAGGCUGGCCUGGCGCUGAGCAGGACCUGCCGGGAGGCGCUGAUCACUCCCUUGGUGCACAGCAUCACCAGGCCCGGUCCGGAUGGGCUGAGCCCCCUGGCCUGGCUGCUCGACCUGUACCUGGACCACCGGGAGGAGGCCCGGCGAGCCCGAGGUAGAAGCGCUGCCCUGGCCUCCCGUGUGCGGCGCCUCAGCCACCUGUUGGUACACGUGGAGGCUCCCCCGACUCCGCCCCCGUCUCCUCCCCCGGCCCUGCCCGACCAGCCUAAUAUCAAUCUCCGCCAGAGCCGGCAACCGGGACCCGGACUGAGGCCAGAGCCGCAGGGCAACAGCCUGCGGGAUCUCACCCGGUGCUGGAUGGGAGUGGUCCAGGAGCAGGUGAGUCGGUUUCUGGCUGUGGCCUGGAAAGCCCCAGACUUCGUGCCUCGUUUCUGCGGUGCCUUUCAACGUCUGCAGACGGCCGGGACGGAACUGUUUGGGGCCUGCCAGGCGGGCUUCGUGCUGGCCCUGCGCCAGGGCUUCGCCGCCGCCCUCCAGCAGCUCCCCUUCCUCACUGCCUCCCACGUGAGUGAACAGUUUGCCCACUACAUUGACGAGCUGAUCCAGGCCGGCCGCGUCGGGUCAGCCGAGUCGCUGGAGCAGCUGCAGCAGAGCCUGGAGCCCUUCCUGGUCCUGUCUGGCCUGGAGCUGGCCACCUCCUUCGAGCAUUUCUACCGGUACUACCUGGGGGAGCGUCUCCUGGGCCCCGGGCCCUGCUGGCUGGAAGAGGCCGUGCUGGACCAGAUCGGGCUCUGCUUCCCCAACCGCCUCCCGCAGCAGAUGCUGAGCGGCCUGAGGGCCGCCGCCGAGCUGCAGCGCCACUUCCGCCUCUUCCGGCUGCAGCAGUUUGACCGGCGUCUCCUGGAGCGGGGCCAGGAGGAGGGGGACGGAGACGACGGGGAGGACUGGGGGCCGGAGGCUGAGCCCCCGGGGAAGCCCAUCCAGGAGCAACCUGAGGAAGAGGAGGAGGAGGAGACGGCGGAGGAGGAGCAGUCGUCCCCAGAGAUGAGAGUGCUGGUCCUGUCGCCCCGCUGCUGGCCCGUCUCCCCCCUCUGCUACAUGCACGAGCCCAGCAAGUACCUUCCCCAAGCCCUGAGCGGCUACCUGGGCCGCUUCUCGGACUUCUACAGCCACGGUCAGAGUCAGCCGGGCCCAGAGUCCGGGCCCCGGCGACGGCUGCAGUGGACGUGGCUGGGCUGGGCCGAGCUGGUGUUCGGGGCCCAGCAGAGGCUGCUGGUGUCCACCUUGCAAAUGUGGAUCCUGCUGCACUUCAAUGAGGCCCAGGAGGUGACGGUGGAGACCCUGCUGCAGAGCUCGGGCCUCGCUCUGGAGCUGCUGACCCAGGCCCUGGGCCCUCUCACCAGCAGUCCCGGCCCCCUAACCCUUCACGAGGCCGAGGGCCUCCCCGCAGAGGGUGUACUGAGGUUGCGGGAGGAGGCAACAGAUGGUACGGAGCCUCCGGGUCCCCCUCUGCGGCUGCUGCCCCCCAAGGCUUACCUGAGCAUGGAGGAGGACCAGGGUCGAGCCCUGGAGAAGAAGAGGAACCUGUUGAGCUGCCUCCUCGUCCGCAUCCUCAAGACCCGUGGGGAGGGUGGGCUGCACGUCGACCAUCUCGUGUGUCUGGUACUGGAAGCCUGGAAGGAGACGGCACCCCCCGGGGGAGGCUUCUGCAGCAACGCGGAUGUCCUGUCCUGCAUCCUCCACCUCCUGGGCCAGGGUUACAUGCGGCGGCGGGAGGAGCAGCCCCAGGUCCUGGUCUAUGCGGCACCCGAGCCCACUGGGCCCUCCCAGGGCCUGGCCCACAUCCCCUUCUGUGGGGGCAGCCGGGGAUCUGCAGCCGGGACUGUUACGCUCAGGCCCGAGGAGGCGGCCGUGCUGUCGUCUCUGAGGCUCCCGGUGGGCCGCACCAUGAGCUCCGGGGAGGUGGAGGGGCUGAUGCGGCAGACGGUGCUCCAGGUGCAAGAGACCCUGAGCUUGGAGCCGGACGUGGCCCUGCACCUGCUGGCCCACUGCCGCUGGGGGGCCGACGCGCUGCUGCAGUGCUACAGCGAGGACCCCGAGCCCCUGCUGCGGGCCGCCGGCCUGCGGGUGCCUCCACCCCAGCACCCUCCGCCGCUCCCCUCGCACUGCCCGGUCUGCGUCGGCCCCCUGGACCCGCCCGACGACCACCCGCCUACCCUCUGCUGCCUCCAUUACUGCUGCCAGUCCUGCUGGAACGAAUACCUCACGACCCGCAUCGAGCAGAACCUGGCCCUGAGCUGCACCUGCCCCAUCGCUGCCUGCCCGGCUCAGCCAACCAGUGCUUUUGUGCGGGCCAUCGUCUCCUCUCCCGAUGCCAUUGCCAAGUACGAGAAGGCGCUGUUACGUGACUACGUGGACAGCUGCUCCAACCUCACCUGGUGCACCAACCCCCAGGGCUGUGACCGCAUCCUGUGCCAGCAAGGCCUGGGCUGCGGGGCUGCUUGUGCGAAGUGCGGCUGGGCCUCCUGCUUCAACUGCAACUUCCCCGAGGCUCACUACCCCGCCAGCUGUAGCCACAUGUCCCAGUGGGUGGAUGACGGUGGCUACUACGAGGGCAUGAGUUUGGAGGCCCAGAGCAAACACCUCGCCAAGCUCAUCUCCAAGCGCUGCCCUAGCUGCCAUGCGCCCAUUGAAAAGAACGAAGGCUGUCUGCACAUGACAUGUGCCAAGUGUAACCACGGCUUCUGCUGGCGUUGCCUCAAGCCCUGGAAACCCACGCACAAAGACUAUUACAACUGUUCUGCCAAGGUGUGCAAAGCUGCUCGCCAGGAGAAGCGGUUCCAGGAUUACAACGAAAAAUGCACUUUCCAUCACCAGGCCCGGGAGUUCACCCUGAACCUGCAGAGACAGGUGGCCACCCUCUCCAAGCAGCCCCCUCACCGCUCCCUCGCCUUCCUCACCGACGCCUGCAAGAGCCUGGAGCAGGCCCGCAAGGUCUUGGCCUACGCCUGCGUGUACAGCUACUACAAUCAGGAUACCGAGCGCAUGGACGUGGUGGAGCAGCAGACGGAGAGCCUGGAGCGGCACACCGACUCUCUGCAGAUCCUGCUCGAGGAAACGCUGCUUCCUGGCCAGGACCUGGCUUCCUCCCUGCAGCUCUUCAAGACCGAGCACCUGAGCACGGGGCUGGAGCUCCUGUGGCGCAUUCAGGAGCGCCUGUUGGCCAUCCUGCAGCACUCCACUCAGGAUUUCCGAGUUGGUCUGCAGAGCUCCCCCAGCUCAGACCUGCAGGAGCUCAAGCGAUCCAACGUCCCUCCUGGCGGUUCUCAGGAGUCUCCCACACCAAUGCAAGAAGAGGAGGAGGAAGAGGAGGAGGAGUAUGUUCCCCACUGGCACCAGUACGAUGAGGAGGAGCUGGAUGAAGAUAAUUUCUACGACGACGACGAGGACGAUGAGUCUGACAAUCUGGAACCCCACGCUUUCUUCUUUGAUGAUGAGGACGAGGGCUACGACUAGGCUGUCUGGGGUCGCGGGGCAAACAUUGGCCCUAGCUUCACCCCUUUUAUCACAGAUCCCGUGGACUGGCCUUAUAUCUUUCUGAGGAAACAGCCCUAGGGAAGACAGCUUUGUCAUGUUUAUUAAAUAAACACUUUUUUUCUUGUA